CACGCCGUGCCCCGGAAGUUCGGCGGAAGCGGCGGGAGCGGGAGAGCGGCAGCCAUGUCCCUGCUGAACAAGCCCAAGAGCGAGAUGACGCCCGAGGAGCUGCAGAAGCGCGAGGAGGAGGAGUUCAACACGGGCCCGCUGUCGGUGCUGACGCAGAGCGUCAAGAACAACACCCAGGUGCUCAUCAACUGCAGGAACAACAAGAAGCUGCUGGGCCGCGUCAAGGCCUUCGACAGGCACUGUAACAUGGUGCUGGAGAACGUCAAGGAGAUGUGGACCGAGGUGCCCAAGAGCGGCAAAGGCAAAAAGAAAUCCAAGCCCGUCAACAAGGAUCGCUACAUCUCCAAGAUGUUCCUGCGGGGGGACUCGGUCAUCGUGGUGCUCAGGAACCCCCUGAUCGCUGGGAAAUAGGGAUGGACCUGCCAGGACCUGCCAGAACCUUCCAGAACCUUCCAGGACCCGUCAGAACCUUCUAGAACCCUCCUGGAUCAUCCCAGAGCCAUCCCAGAGCCAUCCCAAA